CCCAACCUUUUCGUACUCCAGUUCACUGUCACUCGUCUUUCGCCACUUACUUACCCCCAUUCUCUUACACUUCCACGAUGUCUUUGAAAACUGGAUCCACCUCGCAGAACACCCAACAAUACGACGAUAACACUAGGGUUCCCAGGAGGACGCCUAUGGCCUGCCAGUUCUGUCGAGGCCGCAAAUUGAAAUGCGAUGGAAGCCGUCCGUCUUGCGCUAAUUGUGAACGGCGCCAAAUUGCCUGCACCUACCAGCCAGUCAAUGCUGGUCAGUAGGGGGG